AUGACUGAAGGACCCGCGCAGAAAAAGCGCCAGCUCCCCUUCAAACCACCAAGCCGGGCAUCAAGCAGUGCAGGCCCCUCCUCCGCCGCCGCAUCCAAACCAAAAGGCAAAGCCAAACAAACCACCACUAAAUCAACCACCGCCAAAUCAUCCUCUGCAGCCUCAGCCUCAACCUCCAAAUCUACGAACCGCAAAUCCUCAUCCUCCACCAAACGCCAGCGCGUCGAGUCCCCACCCGCCUCAGAAUCCGUCGCCGGAUCAGACGCCGGCUCCGACACCUCAGUCCACAGCCGCGAGCGCUCCCUCUCCCAAGAACCGGACUAUAUCCUCGCGGAGAUCAUCACACAUCAUGAAACCGAGGACGUGUCCUCGAGUGAACCUAAGAUCCCGGCGAAGCUGUUGACGCGCCUGCUACAUCACCAUUUCCAAAAUGAGAAGACCAAGGUGGCUAAGGAUGCGAAUACGGUGGUUGCUAAGUAUGUGGAUGUCUUUGUGAGGGAGGCUAUUGCGCGUGCGGCAUUCGAGAGGGCGGAGGUAGAGGGUGCGGGUGGUGGGAGGAGAGUUGGAGAUGGGUUCUUGGAGGUGGAGGAUCUUGAGAAGAUGGCGCCGCAGCUUACGAUGGAUUUUUAG